GUUAUUCCAGAAAGCCUAUUGUCCACUGCCUUUACACCCAUUUGGCCCCUUUGCCCCUCUCCUUCUGUUUCGGCAAUCACCCAUCAAGCCAUGGGAGGCUCCCGAGCCACGCUUCCUGGCGAGAGCUCCUUUCGGGCCAGUGGAAGCCCCAAGCCCUAUGAGGCACCAUGCGUCUCGGUCUCGUUUAUCAUGUCGUCCACCAGGCACUUGGUCACCGUCGGCAUGGAGGUGGUGAACGACGAGUGGUUUGAGCGGCUUGGCCAUCAGCGGGACACAAUCCCCUUCGAAUUCGACGCUACCUUCGAUCCCAAUACCGCUCUGUGGGUGGUCCACUCAGCUGAGGGGUCCGACCACCCUCCACACCCAGCCUGUCACAUUCCAACUCCUGUCAAACGACGUCAAACACGGAGAGCAAGGGCGGUGGGAUCGCCAUCCCCAUCCCAAGCACUCCCAGGUCCUGAUCAACCCGUCUACCACCGACAUCACCCUGACACCGCCAUUGCCCCUGCUGCCACUGCGGAACCAGGGCAGAAGCAGUCUUCGCCUGUCACCUCCGCGCAGACUCACCAUCACAGCAACCCCCAAGAUGCAACGAACCAGAGCACCGAUCAGCAAGGAAUCGUCCCAGUGCAGGAGAAUCGGGAUUGCAACAACGAGAUUGCCCUACCUGCUACCACCAGGAGGGGGAGUGACUGGUGGAGCGUCGUCUUCUAG